GGGAGUGGUGUUGACACAAUGGCGGCGGCGCUCGGGAGGUGUUGGCUGCGGCGGUCGCUGCGCGGUGUGGGGGCCCCGCUGGGAGCCCAGGGACCCCGGGGGCUGCUCCUCCGACGCCCCGUGGCCCCCGGGCCGCAGGGCCCGCCCCGGGCCGCCCUCACCACCAGCAACGGCGCCAUUUUACCCAAACCCGACAAGAUGUCCUUCGGGCUGAUGAAGGUGAUGGUUGUGGUGGUCCCAUUCCUGUAUUUGGGGACACAGAUCAGUAAGAGCUUCGCCUCUGUCCUUGAAGAGCACGAUAUCUUUGUUCCCGUUGACGACGAUGAUGAUGAUUAACUCCGGUACUGAUCUUGUCAGACAAGACGUCCUCAGCUUCCUGGCGUCUGCCUUCUCUGCUCGAGUAUAACACUGGGAUCAGGAAUGUGUCCUUCAUAAUAUGUGUGUGUGUGUGGGGUGAGGGGCUUUAAAGAAACUCUGCUUUAUGUGGACUGGGGACCCAUUUUGUGAUCCAUCUCCAAACGAUGUUCCCCUUUAAGUUCUUGACACCGUCUUUUCUCUUUGAGAAAAUGGCCACUUUCUCUGCUCUGAUUGUCGAUCCCGUCUCAGUUCUGCUUCUCUUCCCGCAGCCGGAGAGAGAGAGUGGGUGACGGACAGAGAGAGAUCUGGGUGCUGUGUGGGGCAGUGAAUGUCAGAAAAAAAGAUAGAGCGGGAGAUAUUCCUGUGAUUUGGUUAUGCCCUAAUUAUUGAUAUUGUUUUAUCUGCAUCCCCCCCCCCCCCCCCCCCCCCCGGCUUUCCCACAAUCAGAUUAUUUUUAUUUAAUGAUGAUGAGUGUGAAAAUGAUGUGAGUCUCUGUAUCACUUGUCUUUCAGUACCGAGCUGUUGUGUGCUGUCAAAUUGAGGGUUAUUUUUGUGGUGUUGGAACAAAACUAAGAGAAUAAAACAAGGAAUAUAAAAAAAAA